AUGUUGCGUUUCCAGCGGUUUGCGUCUUCAUACGCACAAGCGCAGGCGGUUAGAAAGUACCCAGUGGGUGGUAUACUACAUGGCUAUGAAGUAAGAAGGAUAUUGCCCGUCCCAGAGCUAAGACUGACUGCAGUAGAUCUGGUGCACUCGCAAACAGGUGCCGAACAUCUUCACAUCGACAGAGAUGAUAAGAAUAAUGUCUUUAGCAUCGCCUUCAAGACUAACCCACCAGAUGCUACUGGUGUGCCCCAUAUCUUGGAGCAUACGACGUUGUGUGGAUCUGUGAAGUAUCCUGUGAGGGACCCUUUCUUCAAAAUGCUGAAUAAGUCUUUGGCGAAUUUCAUGAAUGCUAUGACAGGUCCCGAUUAUACAUUUUUCCCCUUUUCUACUACCAAUCCUCAAGAUUUUAUUAAUUUAAGAGGGGUUUAUUUAGAUUCUACAUUGAAUCCGCUGCUGAAGCAAGAAGAUUUUGAUCAAGAGGGUUGGAGAUUAGAGCAUAACAGCAUCACGGACCCGGAAAGUGAGAUUGUUUUCAAAGGCGUGGUUUAUAAUGAAAUGAAAGGUCAAAUAUCCAAUGCGAAUUACUAUUUUUGGAGUAAGUUCCAACAGGCCAUUUAUCCCUCUUUGAACAAUUCUGGUGGGGAUCCUAUGAAAAUAACAAACUUGAAAUACAAUGAUCUCUUAGACUUCCAUCAUAGAAACUACCAUCCCUCCAACGCAAAGACCUUUACAUACGGUAAUUUACCAUUGGUGGACACACUGAAGUAUUUAAACCAGCAAUUUUCCGGGUAUGGAAAGAGGGCACGCAAGAAUAAGUUGCUUUUACCUAUCGAACUAAACAAAGACAUAAAUAUCAAAUUACCGGGCCAAGUAGAUACUAUGCUACCACCGGAGAAACAAAUAAAGUCCUCGAUGACAUGGAUUUGUGGUGCUCCACAAGAUACGUAUGAGACUUUCUUGUUAAAAGUAUUGGGGAAUCUAUUAAUGGACGGUCACUCUUCUGUGAUGUACCAAAAACUAAUAGAAUCAGGAAUCGGUUUGGAAUUCUCAGUAAAUUCAGGAGUUGAACCAACUACAGCAGUGAAUUUUUUAACUGUAGGUGUCCAGGGGGUGAACGACACUCAACUCUUUAAAAAUACCGUAGAUCGAAUUUUCCAAGAACUUUUAGAAGCAGAUUGCCCAUUUGACCGUAAACGCAUCGAUGCCAUAAUUCAGCAAUUAGAGCUUUCUAAGAAGGAUCAAAAGGCUGAUUUUGGUCUUCAGUUACUAUAUUCCGUGCUACCUGGCUGGACUAACGGAAUCGAUCCAUUCGAGAACUUAUUAUUUGAUGAAAUUUUGCAAAGAUUCAGAAAUGACUUGAAAACUAAGGGUGAUACUUUAUUCCAGGAUUUAAUACGCAAAUAUGUUACUAAUAAGCCAUGCUUUACGUUUUCUAUUCAAGGUUCUGAAGACUUUUCCAAAUCUUUGGAAGAUGAAGAACAAGCACGGCUAAAAAAAAAAACCGAUACACUAGAUGAUCAAGACAAAAAGAACAUUUUCAAACGCGGUAUACUAUUACAAGAGAAGCAAAAUGAAAAAGAGGACUUAUCAUGUUUACCGACCUUACAAAUAAAAGAUAUUCCUAGAACUGGAGAUAAAUACCCCAUUGAAAAGAAAAAUAUUUCAUUGCGCAGAAUUACAGAUACCAAUGGUAUCACUUAUAUCAGAGGCAAGCGUAUAUUGAAUGAUAUCAUUCCGUAUGAACUGUUUCCGUACCUACCUCUGUUUGCUGAAUCUCUAACUAAUUUGGGCACAACUAAGGAACUAUUUAGUGAAAUAGAAGAUCAAAUAAAACUGCAUACGGGUGGUAUCUCGACACAUGUAGAAGUUACAUCAGACCCCAGCACCAGUGAACCUCAUUUGAACUUUGGCUUUGAUGGAUGGUCUUUAAAUUCCAAGAGUGAUCAUAUUUUUAAAUUCUGGUCCAAAAUUCUAUUAGAAACAGACUUCCGUAAAAACAGUGAUAAACUCAAGGUUCUCAUUCGUUUGUUGGCGUCUUCAAACACGUCUUCAGUAGCGGAUUCUGGGCAUGCGUUUGCGAGAGGUUAUUCUGCGGCCCAUUAUAGAUCGAGUAGCGCCAUUAGUGAGACAUUGAAUGGUAUCGAACAAUUGCAGUUUAUCAAUAAAUUGCACAAUCUACUAGAAAAUGAAGAAGAUUUCCAAAGGGAAGUUGUUGAUAAGCUUAUUGAGUUACAGAAGUACAUCGUAAACGCCAAAGAUAUGAAGUUUUUUGUCACCUCAGACUCUGAUGUUCAAGCGCAAAUAGUUGAAAGUCAAAUCUCAAAAUUUAUGAAGACACUUCCAGAUGACAAAUGCUUGCUCAGUGGACCAAAGACAUCUGCGUAUCCUCUUAUCAAGUCCGAAGGUAAACCCACUUUGAUCAAGUUUCCAUUUCAGGUACAUUAUACUUCCCAAGCUCUAUCGGGUGUUCCAUACACACACAAAGAUGGUGCAGCAUUGCAAGUCAUGUCAAACAUGCUGACAUUCAAACAUUUGCACCGAGAAGUGAGAGAGAAGGGUGGUGCUUACGGUGGGGGUGCCUCUUAUAGCGCAUUGGCAGGUAUUUUUAGCUUCUAUUCCUACAGAGAUCCUCAGCCUUUGAAUAGCCUGGAGACUUUCAAAAAUAGUGGACAAUAUGUACUUGAUGAUGCCAAAUGGGGUACGACAGACCUUGAUGAGGCUAAAUUGACAAUAUUCCAGCAAGUUGACGCGCCUACAAGUCCCAAAGGAGAAGGUGUGACUUAUUUUAUGUCGGGUGUUACGGAUGACAUGAAACAAGCAAGAAGAGAGCAACUUUUGGACGUUUCUCUCCUAGAUGUUCAUAGAGUCACCGAAAAAUACUUGUUAAACAAAGAAGGAGUAAGCACUGUAAUCGGGCCCGGAAUUGAGGGCAAGACCGUCUUGCCAAAGUGGGAAGUCAAGGAAUUGUAA